AUUGAUUUUUACGUAACUGACAGUUUUGGUGAAGGGUUAUAUGAUUCUUGCAAGGAUGUAAAGUUUGGUACCAUGAAUUCUCGGGCUAUACAAUUUAUUGGUGCUGGUGCUCAAAAUUUUAAAGGUGGCUGUUGGUGAUGUUAUGUAUAUUGAAGCAAAUAGUGGAGCAGUAAAGAGGGUGGGCAGAAGUGAUGCUUUCGCUACAGAAUUUGACCUUGAAGCAGAAGAGUAUGUUCCACUUCCUAAAGGAGAGGUUCACAAAAAGGAGAUAGUUCAGCCGACCCAAGGAUGAUAUGGCUAGAAUUUAAUGCCUCUUAAGUUGGUUGAACUUAUCAGCUUGUGACUCUUGCUGGCUUAAUACAAAGAUGCUAGCAAAACUUCAUUUAAAUCCUCGACAAGACUAGAAUGUAUGAUGCAAGACUAUCCAAAAACUUUGCCUCCAUCAGCAAGAGUUGGAUUUACGGUGAUGGAUGCAUGGCUUGCUUAUCCACCUGUGAAGAACAACCCUGAGGAUGCUGCUAAGAGGGACUGAUAUGAACUGUCCUCAUGGCAUACCUGUCGACUUGUUGGACCGGUUGGUUAUUAUCCGAACACAGACUUAUGAUGUUGCUGACAUGAUAAAGAUUUUGGCUCUCCGUGCAAAUGUGGAGGACCUAGUAAUAGAUGACGAAAGUUUGGCUUACCUGGGUGACAUUGGUCUACAAGCAUCCUUAAGGAAUGCAGUUCAGCUGUUAUCGCCCUCCACUAUUAUGGCAAAAAUGAAUGGCCGUGACAAUAUCUGCAAGGCGGAUAUUGAGGAAGUGAAAGCUCUCUAUAUGGAUGCAAAGUCUUCAGCAAGACUUCUUCAAGCGCAGCAGGAAAAAUACAUUUCAUGAAAAUUCUAAACAAUUUUCCCUGAAUGUCAAAGGUAGUCUGGAUUUGGAAGUAGCAUUAUUUAGGUUCGGUUAGCUUCUCUGUCGUGGGUUUUGAAAGAGCAGGAGGUUUUGGUCAAAGACUUUGGCUUCGUUGAUAAUUAAUGUGUGUAAAGGCGAAAUGUUUCAAAGUGUUCCAAGCUACGGGAAAUUUGUAUUUGUCACAUGAGUAGUGUCAUGGUUAUGCUGUCAGCAGCAAUGCAAGUGGUGAAACUCUAGUUGUUGCACCAUUCUGUUAAUGAAUGCAUCGGUGUAUGGAACUAAGCUUUCAAAUACACUUCAUAUUUACCCUGGAAAAUUACUAACCCAGUUAUGUGAUGAUCACUAAUUCUUUACUUUAUUUACCAAUUUUUAUGCGAA